AGGAGGAGGUGGGUCGUGGAGGAGGAGCAGACCGAUGCGAAGAGGGGCCGCAGCCAUCGCGGGCCGCGCAUCCGCGCAGCCGCGAGGGCGGCCGCGGCGCUGCCGCGCGGGGUUGAGCGAUGGCACCCGGGUUGGGCAUCGAGGCCGCAGGGGGGUUUCUGACCCCGCUCGGCGCCGGCGCCGCGCGGCGGUGGUGGCACAGCGCCUUCGAGGUCAAGGCGGGCGACGAGCCCGGCCACCUCGACGACGAGGCUGCGACUGGAAUCGUGGGGCCGGACGACCGUGAGGCGUUGCCCGAGCACGAGGGCCCCGGCAUCGUGGACAACAUGGGCAAGAAGGUGACUCUGAGCAAGGAGUACACGCUCAUGGUAGACACCGGGAAGCUGCCCACUGCCGCGACGCACGGCGACGUGUACCUCCAGCUCUUUGGCAGUAAGGACAGGACGGGCCUGAUCCACCUGAAGCAGGGC